AUGCAGAAAGCGGCAGCCAUUGGGAGUCUGGGCGGCCGGCAGAAGCUCCCUGUGGCUGCCCGCACCAAGGCACAGGCCACCUGUGGCCCUGACCUGCGCAUCUUUCUGGCCACCAGUCUCAUCCACUCUGGAGCCUUCUACGUGGCCAGACAGGCUCCUCCUCCCCAACGCCUGGGCCCUUAUCAGGAGCACAUUUGGGUUGGUGGGGAGGGGGAAGUCUGAGGCCCCAGGCUCCUCAAGGUGGGUAGGAGAGAUAGGGAAGUGGGGAGGGGGCCAUGGGGCCCUGCUGGGAGGGCCCGAGGAUGGAAGGGAUGCCCAGAGCCGGUGCUGUCCUUGCCGGCCUGGCUCUUGACAUGGUUCCAGAGCUGCUCCUGCCUUCCCCCCUUGCCAGGCAAGCCGCCCGCACCUUUAAUUAGCAAGCAGCAGCCUCUCCCCGAUUCAUCACAGUCACUGUUUAAUUAG